AUGCCGGCUGCAUCUUUAGCCGUGUUGGCGGCUUUGGUGCCGUUCACUUUCGCGCAAGCCAACACAAGCUAUGUUGACUAUUCAACGGAACCUCAACCCAACCUCGAUACCUGGACCCUCGCGACAAUUGAUCUUGGGUUUCCUGACUGUGCAAACGGGCCACUUAGCCACACCCUGGUGUGCGACUCAUCGGCAACUCCCCAUGACCGCGCCGCGGCUUUGGUUUCUCUGUUUACGUUUGAAGAGCUGGUCAAUAGCACCGGAAAUAAUAUUCCCGCCAUUCCUCGCCUCGGACUUCCUCCAUACCAGGUCUGGAGUGAAGCUCUACAUGGAUUGGAUCGUGCUAAUUUUACCGACGCCGGUGACUACAAUUGGGCAACCUCCUUCCCGUCGCCCAUUCUUUCGAUGGCCGCGCUGAACCGCACCCUGAUCAACCAAAUUGGAGACAUUAUUUCAACUCAAGGUCGCGCGUUCAAUAAUGUCGGUCGCUAUGGUCUCGAUGUUUAUGCGCCCAACAUCAAUGCCUUCCGGCACCCGGUCUGGGGCCGUGGACAAGAGACACCGGGCGAGGAUGCUUACUGUUUAUGUGGGACGUACGCAUAUGAAUACAUUACCGGAAUGCAAGGAGGUGUGGAUCCAGAGCAUCUGAAGCUGGUAGCCACCGCAAAGCAUUUUGCCGGGUAUGACAUUGAGAACUGGCACAACCAUUCUCGCCUGGGUAACGAUUUGAAUAUCACUCAGCAAGAUUUGGCAGAAUAUUUCAUGCCGCAGUUCCUGACUGCUGUUCGAGAUGCCAGAGUCCACAGUGUGAUGUCCUCGUACAACUCUGUGAACGGUGUACCCAGCUCUGCCAACUCGUUUUUCCUUCAGACUAUUCUCCGCGAUAGUUGGGGCUUUGUGGAUGACGGAUACGUCUCGUCGGACUGCGAUGCCGUCUACAAUGUUUGGAACCCCCAUGAGUAUGCACACAACAUUACGGGUGCUUCGGCGGAUUCUAUGAGAGCUGGUACUGAUAUUGAUUGUGGAACCUCAUACCAGUACCACCUAAACGAAUCAUUCUUCCAAGGUGAAAUUUCCCGAAGUGAGAUUGAGCGUGGUGUCAUCAGACUUUACUCAAACCUUGCCCGCUUGGGAUACUUUGAUGGCAACAGCAGUAUUUAUCGCAACCUUGACUGGUCCGAUGUGUCUACCACUAAUGCAUGGAACAUCUCCUAUGAGGCAGCUGUUGAGGGAAUCGUUCUCCUAAAGAAUGAUGGAACUCUACCGUUAUCCAAAAAGGUCAAAAGCAUUGCCCUUAUUGGUCCGUGGGGCAAUGCUACCACCCAGAUGCAAGGCAAUUACUACGGAAAUGCUCCUUAUCUGAUCAGUCCUCUCGCCGCUCUCGAAGCCUCUGAUUUGACCGUCCACUAUGCUUUGGGCACAAACAUUUCUUCGCAGUCGACUAUAGAUUUCGACGCUGCAAUUGCGGUGGCCAAGAAGUCUGAUGCCAUCAUCUUUGCCGGUGGCAUUGACAACACAGUUGAAGCGGAGGGUAUGGACCGAGAGAAUAUUACUUGGCCAGGCAACCAACUGGAGUUAAUCAAGCAGUUAAGCACUGUUGGCAAGCCAUUGGUAGUCUUACAGAUGGGCGGAGGUCAGGUCGACAGCUCCUCCUUGAAGACGAACAAGGACGUCAAUUCGCUUAUUUGGGGAGGUUACCCAGGUCAGUCUGGUGGCCAGGCUCUCUUAGACAUCAUCACCGGCAAGCGUGCACCCGCUGGUCGACUGACAACAACCCAAUACCCCGCCGAGUAUGCUUUACAGUUCUCGGCGAUCGACAUGAGCUUGCGCCCUAGCGGAGACAACCCUGGCCAGACAUACAUGUGGUACACAGGCAAACCUGUAUAUGAGUUCGGACAUGGAAUGUUCUAUACGACCUUCAAGACAUCCCUUGCGCAUUCUAAGACAGCUACCAAGGAGGCUACUUUUGACAUUGUUGAUCUCUUAUCUCGAUCGCAUGCUGGCUACAACACGGUGGAGCAGCUUCCCUUCCUCAACUUCACCACUAGUGUCACCAAUACUGGCAGUCUGGUCUCUGAUUACACGGCGAUGGCCUUUGUCAAUACGACUGCAGGACCGGCGCCUUAUCCCAACAAGUGGCUGAUUGGUUAUGACCGUCUGGGAUCGCUUGAGCCGCAAACUUCUCAGUCAAUGGUCAUUCCUGUCUCACUUGAUAAUGUGGCCCGCACUGACUCUCUUGGAAACCGCAUUGUCUACCCCGGAAAAUAUGAACUGGCGUUGAACAAUGAGCGCUCAGUAGUCUUGUCCUUUACUUUGACGGGAGAUGAGACGACCAUUUCCAAGUGGCCACUGGAUGAGCAGCAAAUACCUGCUGCGUGA